GUGUCCAAGUGGAAGACAGGAACAGGGACAGGUGCCAGGACGGUAGGAGAAGAUGCUGCAGCUACUGAUUAUUGCAGUGUGUGUGCUGCACAGCCAAGCUGCCUCUCUGGUGAACUCUACAGGGUCUCAAGAUGAACUAGGUGUCUGUCACUGCUCCAUGGUCCUUCCAGACUCAACAUUCCCGGCAGAUCGUAUGGAGGUCCUGGAGAUCUCCAACAAGGAGCUGAGCAUCAAUGUAAAGCAAGAGAUCACUAAGAUACAAAGCUACCAAGCUACUCUGACUGAGUACCUGCAGAAGCUGAAGAACCUGACCAGGCGGGUGGAGGUGGUAGAGAUGGGAGGAGUUUCUUAUACAGAGCUGGACUUUCAGCUGCUUAAGCUGGAGAUCAGAGAGAUGGAGUCUUUAGUGGUGAAGCUCAGAGAAUCCUUUGAUGGAUCAAACGCUCUGGUGGAAACUCUCUUUGUGGAGAUCCAUAAUAUCUCAGUCAUGGUGAACCAGUUGGAGUCAUACGACAAGAACAAUGUUCUGGCUGUGAGGCGGGAGAUUGCUUCUCUGCGUAAGAGACUGGAGGAUUGUGAGAAAAACCAGGCUGUACCAACUCCACCUGUUAGUUUUGGAUCCUGUAAUCACGGAGGGCUUGUGAACAUUAGCAAACCAUUUGUGGUGCAGCUGAACUGGUUGAGCUUCUCCUAUAAAUUUGGAGGUUGGGGCAAAGACUCGUUCCCCGGUGCUAAUCAGGAUAUAUACUGGGUGGCCCCACUGCAGACAGAUGCUCGUAUGAUGAACAUUUUGCGAUUCUACCCUACUUAUGAUGAUCUCUUGCUCUACAAAAGACCAACAGACAAGAGCCUGCCUAGGCUCCUGUAUGGCAAUACUUACGACUACGCUAGUUGUGGCCAAGGUGGUGGAAUGAUCAUGUUCAACAACUCAAUGUACUACAAUUGCUAUAACUCCAGGGACAUCUGCAAGUUCAAUGUAAACACCAGUGCGGUGGAACGUAAGACACUCCCAGAUGCUGCCUUUAAUAACCGCUUCUCCUAUGCAUCGUCUAUCUGGCAAGACAUUGACCUGGCCAGUGAUGAAGAUGGCCUUUGGGUAAUUUAUUCUACAGAGGCGAAUGCUGGCAACAUUAUCAUCAGCAAAGUAAACCCGAUCUCACUGAUUGUGGAGAACACUUGGUCUACAUCCCAGUACAAGCUUGGUGUCACCAACGCCUUCGUGAUUUGUGGGGUCUUGUAUGCCACUAGAACACUCAACACAAGGAGAGAAGAGAUCUUCUACAAGUUUGACACUGAAACAGGAAAGGAGGAGCAGUUGAGUAUCGUAUUUGACAAGAUGAUGGAGAAUGUGCAGAGUCUGUCCUACAACCCCAAUGAUCACAAACUUUACAUGUACAAUGAUGGCUACCAAGUCUCAUAUGAUCUGUCCUUUAAGCCAACACCUAACUAGGCCUAAAAAGGCUUUGCUUACUGAAACUAUCUCAGACUUGGUUUUAGAUACGAUGAACUCCAAAAUUAUGUACAUAUUUGGCAAUUCACCAAAUACUUAAUUAACCUUAAAAACUAUUUGUGUAUUGUCAGCAGUAAAUGUCCUUAAACCAACUUUGUUUACUAAUAAAAUUUGUAAAUAUCAA